GUCAGGGUAUUUUACAGUGUCAGUCAGCCAUCCCCCGGGUCCCUAUUCUCUUCCUUUCUUCUGUGCUACCCUAGAAUCAAGGAUCCCAGCAAUAAUGCCUCUGUUCAAACUUCCAGCUGAAGAAAAACGUGAGUAUUUUGGACCAUCUUCUUGUCAUUUGUCAGAAAUGACCCCGUUCCUUAUUCAGAAACGUGGUGAUUUCUCAGCAGUGUUUAUUAAAUGAUACCACUGAACGUCAACGAAGAUUAAUAAUGACUAUGGUUAUCCCAUAGCAUAAAAAAUGGGGUAUAUAAACUACAUAUCUAUAGUUUUUUUUGUUUUGUUUUGUUUUUUGAGACAGAGCUCAAGCUGUCGCCCUGGGUAGAGUACUGUGGCAUCACAGCUCACAGCGACCUCCAACUCCUGGGCUCAGGCGAUUUUCCUGCCUCCGCCUCCCAAGUAGCUGGGACUACAGGUGCUCACCACAACACCCAGCUGGGUUUUUUUUUUUGUUUUUUUUUUUUUUGGUUGCAGACAUCAUUGUUGUUUGGCAGCCGGGGCUGGAUUCGAACCCGCCAGCUCAGGUGUAUGUGGCUGGCACCUUAGCCGCUUAAGCCACAGGCGCCGAGCCUAUAUAUAUAUUUUUUUAAUAUAGAUUUUUAAAGAAGAAAACCUCAGAGGGACUUUAUUUGAUAUUUUGAAAUAAAAGACACAGAUUAGCCAAAGGGGCCUAUUGAAUCCGGCCUUAGUUAACGUUCAACUCUGGUACAAAAAAAUUUUGUUGUGAAUUUUUGUGACCAGAUCAAAUAAAAACCUAUUUUAGAUAAAACUGUAAGGUUAGUUGUAUGUUCCCCUCCCUCUCCUUUCGCCGACGGACUUUCCUUCCGCCGUCGGACGGUCGGUCUGCCUCUGAGUUCCUCUGUGAGACGAGAUGGGGCAGAGGACUGGCCUUCAACCUCGUCUUUCCGGCAUAGUAACAAAGCACUGCUGAGAAGCUAGCAUGUUUUCUGGAUUUGCUGAGUGAGGAAGAAAGCAUGGUAUUCUUUUUCUCAAGUCUUGUACUUCCCGUGUUAAUAAUAAAAUAAUGCCCAACUUCUGGAUAGUCCUGCGUAGUUUCGAAAGUAUUUCUUAUUUAACCUUCGUAACACUUCUCUGAAGUUGACGUUAUUAUUAUUAACAUUCCCUUUGUAUGAUGAUGAACAUGGAGGCUCCCAGUGAUUAUAUGGUUUGCUCCCAGCCAAGCAGCUGUCAAGGACACGUUUUCUCAUUCCUAACCCAGUAUUCUUUCUGCUUUACCAGCCUACUUCUCAUUUCUAUAUUCUUGUCUAUUCUCCAUCCAAAUGUAGAUGUCCUAUCCUCAAGACAUUUCCACUCAGAUCUUCCAUUAUCUCGAAUACAACUUGGUCAAAAACUAUGUCUCCUUUACCUUAUGAAUUCAGGUUGCCAACAAAUGUUAUCUACUCAUUUUUUGAAAUAUACGUUUCAAUCUUUCCAUAGUCACCACUCCCUGAAGUAUUUCUGGAAAGCAGAGUUCUUACAUUAAGAAUCAAAUUUCAGCUCUUGUUUUGUGAAGUCAAAACAACCGGUUGAUUCAGUGGAAGGAAAUAUCAACCAUAUAAUUUCUGGUCAUCAUGUAAACUACUUCUUAAGAGUAAAGUUUCUACUUUUCAACCAUCUGUAGUGGCUUAGGGAGAGACAAUCUUGGUAAAAACAAUGUUUUAAAAUAUGCUGAAUGCUUGUUCUGGAAGAGCCAGAUUUCUGGAAAGUGGGAUUUGGUUUCUGGGCAUCCAUUUCCACACCAUGCUUCCCGAGGCGUCCAGAAGCAUUGUCACAGCCCCAGCAUGACUAAGCCACGUGCAUUGUCGUCCUCAUUCUCAUCAUCAUAGCCAACAGCUUAUUUCCAUCUGCCCUGCACGGCGCAUGACGCCCUCAUAAUUCCUGCCUGCCACGCUCUCAAGGUGCAUGCACUAUUGUGAAGCUCAGGGACAAAUGCUUUUUGUCCUGUGGAUUGGCUGCAAGUAGGAUGGGGAGCAUUCUCAGGCCAUCGAGUGUGUUUUACCCAGUGUUCUGUUUGUUCCUUUGUGGAUCAUGCUGCUUGCCAAAGAACUACUUGUAGCACCCAAAGAUGCUUUUCAGUUUCAGGAAGUGUUUUGAGUGUAAUGAGGCAAACAGACGCAUGAAGUUCAGCCAACAUAGUGGGUUUCUCCAUCAACUCUGCUGUGACAAACCAGGAUUUUAAAACCAGCUGACCUGACCGUGUUGGUGAAGUUAUAAAUUAACUCCUGUCAUUCGCAACAUACUUCUGUUUAUACUAAGUCACAUAUCAUUUAUUAUUUCCCUAAUAACCCAAAGCUAACCCCAAAUACCAAAUGUCUGUUUAACCAAUGCCACCAAAUUAUAUCAUUCUGUUUCAUCUGGGACUUCGUUUUCCUUAAGGCAUUUUUACAUAUAUUAUAUUAUCUCAUUUGGUGUCGCGAUACCCUUGCAAGUGAGCUUGAGUAGGUAUUAGCAUUCCCACUUUACAGACAAGACAACUAAACAAAGGAAGGCAAAGGGUUGGUAAAUGCAGAGCAGGGGGCUUGAAUACACUUCACCCACUUAAGUUAGAACAGAAAAUGUAGACUUCUGGAGGCCCAUGUAGACAUAAAUGGGUGUGGGUGUCUUUCCCUCUACGUGAAGUUUGCUCCAUCAUCCUAUUGGAAAUGUCUCUGUCUUCUACUUUUGCUCCAAAUAUCUAAGUGUUUGCUACUAGUUCUUUUAAGGAAAUACCAAAAGCACUAGAAGUAAUGACUAUUUGGAUUAAAACAACUGACAGUCUGGAGAACACAGUGGAACUUAACAGAAAAGCAGCUAAUGGAUGGCCAAGACCACCCUGUAUGAUGAAACUGGUUAUCUUAUAUCCUGAGGGUCUUGAGAUCAUUCACUGCCAAGCUAAGGGUCACCCUCUCCUCCUGUUUUGAGAAUAGGGAAAUUUGGCUCGGCGCUUGUGGCUCAGGGAGUAGGGCACUGGCCACAUACACCAAAGCUGGCGGGUUCGAGUCCAGCCCGGGCCAGCUAAACAAUGACAACUGCAACCCAAAAAUAGCUGGACGUUGUGGCAGAUGCCUGUAGUCCCAGCUACUGAGGCAAGAGGAUGGCUUAAGCCCAAGAGUUUGAGGCAUCCAGAAGCAUCGUAACAAACCCAGCAUGAGCUGAUGCCACAGCACUCUACUGAGGGCAACAUAGUAAAACUCUGUCUCAAAAACAAAAAUAGAGAAAUUAAGUUAUAUAAAAGUAAAAUUGGGUUUCCAAGGUGUCAUUCACUCUGGAAGGCCCGUAUCCACAAGAAAUGGGACUGUAAUCCUAGCACUCUAGAAGGCCGAGACAGGUGGAGAGCUUGAGCUCAUGAGUUUGAGACCAGCCUAAGCAAAAGCGAGACCCCAUCUCUGCUAAAAUAGAAAACUGAGGCAAGAGGCUUGCUUGAGCCCAAGUGUUGGAAGUUGCCGUGAGCUAUGAUGUCACAGCACUCUACCCAGGGCAACAGCUUGAGACUCUGUCUCAAAAAAAAAAGAAAGAAAUGGUACUCCCAAUGCAAGGUAGUAAAUUUGAGUGGUCUCCUUCCCCCACACAGCAGCAUUUCACUAAGUUAUCAGGAUUUGACAAAAACAAGGUUUGAUGUGUGAGAGAAACACAGUAUCUGUCCUAAGAAGAGGAUAGGUCCCAAAGUACACAUUUAUUUCUCAGAACUUCUUACAUCACUGGGGUCACUGGUUCUCCUUAGGAAGAAAAACUCUAAGGACCAAUAGCCCCAUCCACCUCUCCAAAACCAUCAGAAGCUAACGGGAAGGACGGCGCUGCAUGGUUACUAGGAAAUCAAACUUAGCCUUGCCAGAAACAGGCAGUUGUGUACUAAAUGCUAGUCCUAGAACAGCCCAUCUUUAGGACCUUCCUGAAAUGCCCUAUGAGAAUCUCACAGAAUCUGACCUGUGUUUCUUGGAGAUUUCCCAGCUGCCCACACAGACACCCGCACAGGGAGAGUGAGCGCUCAGCUCUGUGCUGUUGUGGGAGGCUGGUUGGAGAGUAGGGGAGCCAUGCGCCCUGUACAGUCCUUACCCUCAUGCCUUAACUAUACAAGAAACUCUUCAAUGGCUUUUGAAAAAGGGUCUGAAUGCUAAUAUGUGAAAAACCUCUUUUAGAAAUUGAUGACUCAAUGCGUAGCUUUGCUGAAAAAGUGUUUGCCUCUGAAGUCAAAGAUGAGGGGGGCCGUCAGGAGAUUUCCCCCUUUGAUGUGGAAGAGGUCUGUCCAAUCUCUCAUCACGAGAUGCGAGCACACGUAUUCCAGCUGGAGAGUCUGUCCACCUCCUUAGAAGGCAGGAGAAAAAAGCGUUUCCAAGGAAGAAAGACUGUUAAUUUAUCUAUUCCACUAAGUGAAGCCUCUUCCACCAAACUGUCCCGCAUUGACGAAUACAUUGCUUCAUCUCCAACCUACCAGACGGUGCCCGAUUUUCAGAGAGUGCAGAUCACUGGUGACUAUGCCUCCGGGGUUACAGAUGAAGAUUUUGAAAUGGUUUGCAAAGGUCUGUAUCAGGCAUUAUGUAUACGGGAGAAAUACAUGAAGUCAUCGUUUCAGAGGUUCCCGAAAACCCCGUCCAAGUACUUGCGCAACAUCGAUGGGGAGCCUUGGGUAGCAAAUGAGAGCUUCUAUCCUGUCUUUACUCCUCCUGUGAAGAAGGGAGAAGACCCUUUCCGAACAGACAACCUUCCUGAAAACCUGGGUUAUACCCUCCGAAUGAAAGAUGGUGUGAUUUAUGUCUAUCCUAAUGAAGCAGCAGCCAGCCAAGAUGAGCCCAAGCCACUUCCUUACCCAAAUUUGGACACCUUCUUAGAUGAUAUGAAUUUUUUGCUUGCUUUAAUUGCCCAAGGACCUGUUAAGACCUAUGCCCACCGGCGCCUGAAGUUUCUCUCCUCCAAGUUCCAUGUCCAUGAGAUGCUCAAUGAGAUGGACGAGUUAAAGGAGCUGAAAAACAACCCCCACCGGGAUUUUUAUAACUGCAGGAAGGUGGACACCCAUAUCCAUGCAGCUGCUUGCAUGAACCAGAAACACCUACUGCGUUUUAUUAAGAAAUCUUACCAAGUUGAUGCUGACAGAGUGGUCUACAGCACCAAAGAGAAGAAUCUGACCCUGAAGGAGCUUUUUGCUAAAUUAAAAAUGCAUCCCUAUGACCUGACUGUUGACUCUCUGGAUGUUCAUGCUGGACGCCAGACCUUCCAGCGUUUUGAUAAAUUCAAUGAUAAAUACAAUCCUGUAGGAGCGAGUGAACUACGGGACCUGUACUUGAAGACAGACAAUCACAUUAAUGGGGAAUAUUUUGCCACUAUCAUCAAGGAGGUAGGUACAGACCUGGUGGAGGCCAAGUACCAGCACGCCGAGCCCCGCCUGUCCAUCUAUGGCCGCAGUCCUGAUGAGUGGAGCAAACUCUCCUCCUGGUUCGUCACCAACCGCAUCCACUGCCCCAACAUGACGUGGAUGAUCCAGGUCCCCAGAAUCUAUGAUGUGUUCCGAUCCAAGAAUUUCCUUCCACACUUCGGAAAGAUGCUAGAGAAUGUUUUCAUGCCAGUGUUUGAGGCCACCGUCAACCCCCAGGCUCACCCCGACCUCAGUGUCUUCCUCAAGCAUAUCACCGGCUUUGACAGUGUGGACGAUGAGUCCAAACACAGUGGCCACAUGUUCUCUUCCAAGAGCCCCAAACCUCAGGAGUGGAUAAUGGAAAAUAAUCCGUCUUACACUUACUAUGCCUACUACAUGUAUGCAAAUAUCAUGGUGCUCAACAACCUGAGGAAGGAACGAGGCAUGAAUACGUUUCUGUUCCGACCUCACUGUGGGGAAGCUGGAGCCCUCACUCAUCUCAUGACAGCCUUCAUGAUAGCAGAUAAUAUCUCUCACGGCCUGAAUUUAAAAAAUACUCCUGUGUUACAAUAUUUGUUUUUCUUAGCCCAGAUUCCUAUUGCCAUGUCACCGUUAAGUAACAACAGCCUCUUUCUAGAGUAUGCCAAAAAUCCUUUUCUAGAUUUCCUCCAGAAAGGACUAAUGAUCUCACUGUCUACAGAUGACCCCAUGCAAUUCCACUUCACCAAGGAGCCUCUGAUGGAAGAAUAUGCCAUUGCUGCCCAGGUCUUCAAGUUGAGCACCUGUGAUAUGUGUGAAGUGGCAAGGAACAGCAUUUUGCAGUGUGGAAUUUCUCAUGAGGAGAAAGUAAAGUUUCUGGGUGAAAAUUACCUUGAGGAAGGCCCUGCUGGAAAUGAUAUCCGGAGGACAAAUGUAGCCCAAAUUCGCAUGGCCUAUCGCUAUGAAACUUGGUGUUAUGAACUCAAUUUAAUUGCUGAGGGCCUUAAAUCAAUAGAAUAAAAUAAAUAAAUAAAAUAAUAAUA